UUUCUUAAGAAAAAGGACUAGAAGCGAUAAAAGAGUGCUGAGUCAACUCGGUGAGUCAAAUCGGAGGUGGCUUUCCUUCGGGCGGGGGGUUUCUUCUACGAUCGGCGCGAGGGACAGCGAAGCGCCGAAGCCUGAAUCCUUCCUUAUAAACCUUUCUUCUUGAAUUGGGGUUCGUGAGGAGGAGAGAUGUCGUACGCCUACCUCUUCAAGUAUAUCAUCAUCGGAGACACAGGAGUUGGGAAAUCAUGCCUUCUGUUGCAGUUCACGGACAAACGAUUCCAACCUGUUCAUGACUUGACGAUUGGUGUUGAAUUCGGGGCUAGGAUGAUUACAAUAGAUAACAAGCCGAUAAAGUUGCAGAUAUGGGAUACGGCAGGCCAAGAAUCUUUCAGAUCUAUAACAAGAUCUUACUACAGAGGUGCUGCUGGUGCAUUACUCGUUUAUGACAUCACCAGGAGGGAGACAUUUAACCAUCUUGCAAGCUGGUUGGAAGAUGCAAGGCAGCAUGCAAAUGCUAAUAUGACAAUUAUGCUGAUUGGAAAUAAAUGUGAUCUGGCUCACAGAAGAGCUGUCAGCACCGAGGAAGGUGAGCAGUUUGCUAAAGAGCAUGGUUUGAUCUUUAUGGAGGCUUCUGCAAAAACAGCUCAGAACGUUGAAGAGGCAUUCAUCAGCACAGCGGCAACAAUAUACAAGAAAAUUCAGGAUGGGGUCUUUGAUGUAUCAAAUGAGUCUUAUGGAAUCAAAGUUGGGUAUGGAGGAAUCCCAGGUCCAGCAGGAGGAAGGGACGGCUCCUCUUCUCAAGCUGGUGGCUGUUGCAGUUGAGCUCAUGCUCAAGACUUUGAGUUCUGUGACUCGUUAUAUUCCUUAUUUGUUAUCUUUCUACGUCAAACCAGUAGUCUUGUCCUCAUGAGAAGUUGUUUCUUCUAAUUAUUUCUUUGAUGUUUGGAUCCUAAAUUUUAGAAAAGUGUAGUCUGCAUGUUGGUAAAUAUUGUCCAAUCCUUUGUACAUCUGAUGCUAUCCCAUUUGUGUUCCAACCAGUUAAUUGUAUGUGCUUGGAAAGCAAUAAUAGUUUGAUUUCUUUCAUCA